CCAAAUCACAGCCAAUGCUGCCAAGAACCCAUGGCGUAAAAUGGGGCCCACAGUACAGCCCGAAAAUGGUCGCUGUGGGUGCCAGAUCAUUAGUGAUUAUCAGCACUUUAGAUGGGCGAAUUGCUGCCUUGGAUCCAGAGAAUCAUGGUAAAAAGCAAUGGGAUUUGGACGUGGGAUCUGGCUCCUUGGUUUCAUCCAGCCUUAGCAAACCAGAGGUUUUCGGGAAUAAGAUGAUCAUUCCUUCCCUGGAUGGAGACCUCUUCCAGUGGGACCGAGACCGUGAGAGCAUGGAAACAGUUCCUUUUACAGUUGAAUCACUUCUUGAAUCUUCUUACAAAUUUGGAGAUGAUGUUGUUUUGGUUGGAGGGAAGUCUCUCACUACCUAUGGGCUCAGUGCAUGUACUGGAAAGGUGAGGUACAUCUGUUCAGCAUUGGGUUGUCGCCGAUGGGAUAAUGAUGAAAUGGAACAAGAAGACAUCCUGCUUCUGCAGCGCACCCAGAAAACUGUUAGAGCUGUCGGGCCUCGCAGUGGCAAUGAGAAGUGGAAUUUCAGUGUUGGCCACUUUGAACUUCGGUAUAUUCCAGACAUGGAAACUAGAGCCGGAUUUAUUGAGAGCACUGUAAAACCCAGUCAGAACAAAGAGUCUGAAAUUAUCUCAGAUGUGGAAGAACAGGAAGCUGCCAUAGUGGACACAGUGAUAAAAGUCUCUGUUGCGGAUUGGAAGGUUAUGGCCUUUAGCAAGAAGGGAGGACAUCUAGAAUGGGAAUAUCAGUUUUGUACUCCCAUUGCGUCUGCCUGGUUGGUGAAGGAUGGCAAAGUCAUUCCCAUCAGUCUUUUUGAUGAUACAAGUUAUGCAUCUAAUGAUGGUGUUUUAGAAGAUGAAGAAGACAUUGUAGAAGCUGCCCGAGGAGCCACAGAAAACAGUGUUUACUUGGGAAUGUACAGAGGCCAGCUGUAUCUGCAGUCAUCUGUCAGAAUUUCAGAAAAGUUUCCUACAAAUCCCAAGGCCUUGGAAUCUGUUAAUAAUAAAAAUGAAAUUACUCCUUUGCCAACAAUCAAAUGGAAACCCUUAAUACAUUCUCCUUCGAGAACUCCUAUCUUGGUAGGGUCUGAUGAAUUUGACAAAUGUCUUAGUAAUGAUAAGUUUUCUCAUGAAGAGUACAGUAAUGGCGCACUUUCAAUCUUGCAGUAUCCAUAUGAUAAUGGUUAUUAUCUACCAUACUACCAGAGGGACAGGAGCAGACGGAGCAUAGGGAGCACCCAGAUCACAGUCCGAGUUCUGAAGAGCCCAGACUACAGCAAGAAUGUCCGCAGAAAGGACCCUGUUCUCCUCCUACAUUGGUGGAAAGAAAUAGCCGGGACUAUUCUGUUCUGUAUCAUAGCAACAACUUUUAUUGUGCGCAGACUUUUCCAUCCUCAUCCUCACAGACAAAGGAAGGAAUCUGAAACUCAGUGUCAAACUGAAAGUAAAUAUGAUUCUGUAAGUGGAGAAGCUAAUGACAGCUGGAAUGACAUAAAAAAUUCUGGAUAUAUAUCACGAUACCUAACAGAUUUUGAACCAAUUCAGUGCAUGGGUCGUGGUGGGUUUGGAGUUGUCUUUGAAGCUAGAAACAAAGUAGAUGACUGCAAUUAUGCUAUCAAGAGAAUUCGUCUCCCCAACAGGGAAUUGGCUCGGGAGAAGGUAAUGCGAGAAGUUAAAGCCUUAGCUAAGCUGGAACACCCAGGCAUUGUCAGGUAUUUCAAUGCUUGGUUGGAAGCACCACCAGAGAAAUGGCAAGAAAAAAUGGAUGAAAUUUGGCUGAAAGAUGAAAGUGUGCCCUGUGGGAGCCCCUCCCACCAUCACCCUUCACUGGUAGUGUGUCAGCUGGGGCCCUGCAAGUGCCUGAUUGGGUCUGCAACUCUUAUCUUUAUCCUUCCCCAUCCUGUCUCCCCUGUUCACCUGAUACGCUCACCAUGGUCAGAUGUCUCAAUGCAUGGAUCUUUCAGCACAGACUGGCCACUCAGCUCUCCCAGUCCAGUGGAUGCACCAUCGGUUAAAAUACGCAGAAUGGAUCCUUUCUCUACAAAGGAACAUAUUGAAAUCAUAGCUCCUUCGCCACAAAGAAGCAGGUCUUUUUCAGUAGGGAUUUCCUGUGGUCAGACAAGUUCAUCUGAGAGCAACUUCUCUCCACUGGAAUUUUCAGGACUAGGCCUUGGAGACACCAGUGCGUCAGUGGGUGCAGUGCACAACCUCCAGGACAGCUGCCUCACAGACUGUGAUGUGGAAGAUGGCACAAUGGAAGGCAGUGAAGAGGGGCACUCCUUUGAACUUUGUCCCUCUGAAGCUUCUCCUUAUGUAAAGUCCAGGGAGAGAACCUCCUCUUCCAUAGUAUUUGAAGAUUCAGGCUGUGAUAAUGCAUCCAGUAAAGAAGAGCCCAAAGCUAACCAACUGCACAUUGGCAACCAUUAUGCUAAUAAACUAACUGCUGCCAAGCAUUCCAGUAGCAAAUCUUCGGAACCUAGUUUGUCUAUUUCUCUUCCAAGACCAACCACUUUAAGUCUAGAUCUCACUAAAAACACUGCAGAAAAGCUGCAGCCCAGUUCCCCAAAGGUGUAUCUUUACAUUCAGAUGCAGCUGUGCAGAAAAGAGAAUCUAAAGGACUGGAUGAACAGCCGGUGCAGCAUGGAGGAAAGAGGGUGGGACACGUGCCUGCACAUCUUCCUGCAGAUCGCAGAGGCGGUGGAGUUCCUGCACAGUAAGGGGCUCAUGCACAGGGACCUCAAGCCUUCCAACAUAUUCUUUACAAUGGACGACGUGGUCAAGGUUGGAGACUUUGGAUUAGUGACAGCAAUGGACCAGGACGAGGAAGAGCCGAUGGUUCUGACCCCAAUGCCAGCGUAUGCCCGGCACACGGGACAAGUGGGGACCAAACUGUAUAUGAGCCCAGAACAGAUUCAUGGAAACAACUACUCUCAUAAAGUGGACAUCUUUUCUUUAGGCCUCAUUCUGUUUGAGUUAUUGUACCCCUUCGGCACUCAGAUGGAGAGAGUCAGGGUCUUAACUGAUGUAAGAAAUCUCAGAUUUCCACCACUGUUUACUCAGAAAUAUCCUCGUGAGUAUAUGAUGGUUCAAGAGAUGCUCUCUCCAUCCCCCACGGAGCGGCCUGAAGCUGCACACAUCAUUGAAAACACUGUAUUUGAGGACUUGGAGUUUCCAGGAAAAACUGUGCUCAGGCAGAGGUCCCGCUCCGUGAGUUCAUCAGGAACAAAACCGUCAAGACACUCCAGCGACUCCCGUAGCCCUUUGCCAAACAGUUCGCCUUAGGUUGUGCCUGUGCCCUAACAGAUGACACAGAAUAGUCUCUGCUUAGGAAUGUGUCCUUCCAAAAUUGUAGACUUGAGAACUUUGUUCUUUGCUCAGUUUUAUUUUGAACUACUUUUUCUAAGUCAGAUUUAAACUGAAUUUUGGGGUACAACCUAAUUUGAGCCAACUCUUGAUUUUUGCUGUCCUCGAGGAGAGAACCAUCACUAAAUCACGUGUGGUCCUUUUUCUUGGUGGGUCUCUUGAAACUGGCUGGCCACGCUCUGUAGCCCUCACCUGUUGCCUGGCGAGGUCAAGCAAUCCCUAAAAUUAAUAGAGAGAUAUUUUUAUAGCACAGAAUCAUGAAAAUCCCUACAUACGGUAGCUAUAUUGUUCUAGAAAUACGCUUUCUAGAGAUACUGCUGAUUUUUAAACGGAUUUCCAAAAAGCUGACUCCGUUUUUGUCUCAGUGGGUAAAUCAGGAAUCUGCACUAUUUGGGAGGACAAGUAGCACAAACUGCACAAUGGUUUAUGUCCAUAGCUAGUUCUGUAGUGGCCUCGGUAGCAUCAUAGCUGUUUCUCAGAUGGUCCAGGGAGGGUGUAAGAGCUUGUGCUUUACCUCCAAAAAAGGGAAUGAAGCUUUUAUGUAAAUUGGUCAAAAGUUCUGGUUUGGGGAUGAAAAAAGGCCGUAGUAAGAAAUGAAUCACAUUUUACAGUUAACUUCUUUACUUAUGGACUUCAAACCGAAUAAAAUCUUAAGUGUCUUAUAUGUAAUUCUAUAGGCAGGUCGUUUUCCAAAACUGAUUAUAGAUAACAGUUUAAUCAUCUAACUUGUUUUUAUUUUCACUGUAAAUAUGUUUAUUUUUUAUUUAUAAAAAUUCUGAACUCAAUCCGUUUGGGUUGGUGGUAUAUAGAACACACUUAAGUGUGUUAACUAUUGUGACUUCUUUCAAGUCUAAAUGAUUUAAUAAAAUUUUUAUUAAUUACUUA